UCCCGAUGCAGAAUAAAGCUUUUAGGGUAAAUGUAACUGUUUUUAUACAUUUCAUGUGUAGAAUGCAACGAGGCUGAGAAGUAUCUCUCUGAAAGCUUACAACAUGGGUGUCCAAACCUGUCCUCAAGGGCCGCUGUGGGUCCUGGUUUUUUGUUCCUACCAAUCGAGCACAGACAGUUUAACCAAUGAAGUUUGUGCUAAAACAAGCAGCACCUGACUGCAAUCAACUGAAUACACUUAUGAGACACCAGAUUGGUAAAAAGAUGUCGUCUUGUUUUCUAGGAAUGAAAUCCAGCACCCACUGCGGCCUUAUGUGGAAUAGUUUUGACACCACUGGCAUAAGCAGACAGUCACAUCCCCUUACCCAAAAGAAAAAAAAAACAGCUUUCAAUCAAUGCUACCUUUUUGAUUCUGAAAUUUUUGAUGACAUUUCCAUGUGAUGGCAAAAACGGCAUGUUCGAUUGCAAUCAUUUGUCCUGCAUGUGUUCAUUUGGUGUGCAAGUACGUACACCCAGUUGGGAAACCUAAACAAACUAACUUAAUUCUCCCCUCCCUCCCUGUCUAGUGACUAUAAAAUAUUGCGCUGACUGCAGCUCACUCUGCUGAAGCGGUCAUCGUCCACAAUGAAGCUUCCGUUGUCGCUGCUGCUCCUCAGCUACUUGGCUUCUGCAUCGUUGUCGUCCCCCACAAAUCAAGUGAGAUGGUGUGUCAAGUCCGAAAAAGAGUACAGGAAAUGCUUGGACCUGGUUACCAAGGCACCAGUCUUCUCCUGCGUGAGUGAACUCAACUCCUUGGCCUGCAUUGAAGCCAUUAACGAGGGUAAAGCAGAUGCAAUUACAUUAGAUGGAGGAGACAUAUACACAGCUGGACUGGAACACUACAAACUCCAUCCCAUUAUUGCAGAGCAUUAUGGCGACUCAUCAGAAGGCUGCUACUAUGCCGUGGCUGUGGUUAAGAAGGGCUCCGGUUUCGGCAUCAGAGACCUCCGUCACAAGAGAUCCUGUCACACUGGUCUGAGAAAAUCUGCCGGCUGGGACAUUCCAAUUGGAACACUCCUCCAGUUGGGUAUAAUGCAGUGGGGAGGCAUUGAUGACUCGCCUAUUGAGUAUGUGGUGGGUGAGUUCUUCUCUUCGAGCUGUGUCCCUGGAGCGCAAAGAAACUCCUCACUAUGUAGAAACUGCAAGGGAGACUGCUCACGGUCCCACAAUGAACCUUACUAUGACUAUGGCGGUGCUUUCCAAUGCCUGGUAGACAACGCUGGAGAUGUGGCAUUCGUCAAACAUCUUACAGUACCAGAGGAAGAGAAGGCAAAGUAUGAGCUUCUGUGUAAGGACAACACCAGAGCAGCCAUUGACGACUACGAAAAAUGCAACUUGGCCAGGGUACCUGCUGACGCUGUGGUCACCCGCCAAGACAAGGACCUUGCCAAUCUGAUCUGGAACAGCCUCAUGGGAGUGCAGGGCUUCGAGCUGUUCUCCUCUAAAGCCUACGCACCUGAUAAGAAUCUGAUGUUCAAAGACUAUACUAAAAAGUUGGUCCGACUGCCUAAUAACACAGACUCCUUUGUGUAUCUGGGUGCCCAAUACAUGGCCAUCGUGCGUUCUUUGAACAAUGAGUUCACUACAUCCAAAUCAAAAACCAUGACAUGGUGUGCCGUGGGACACGAGGAGACCAAAAAAUGUGACACUUGGAGCCUCUACAGUCUCGCAAAGAAUAAAGAUAAAAUUGCAUGUGAGAGUGCCUCCACUGUGGAAGAGUGUCUUAAGAUGAUCAUGCGCAAAGAGGCAGAUGCAAUGGCAGUGGAUGGAGGAGAGGUGUAUGUCGCCGGGCUGUGCGGUCUGGUUCCAGCCAUGGUGGAGCAAUAUGAUGAAGAAAAGUGCAGUAUACCAGGUGCUUCAGAUUCUUCCUUCUACACUGUCGCGGUGGUCAGGAAGGGUUCCGGGGUGACCUGGGCCAACCUGAGACAGAAGAAGUCCUGCUACCCAGGUUAUGGCAGAAAUGUCGGCUGGAAUAUGCCCAUGGCUAUAAUCCAUAGGGAGACCGGUGACUGUGACUUCACCAAAUUUUUCAGCAGUGGCUGCGCCCCUGGAGCGCCGGCAGGUUCCCCCUUCUGCUCUCAGUGCGUGGGAAAUGGCAAACCUGUGGACAACCCGGCCUGGUGUAAAGCCAGCACAGAGGAGUUUUACUACGGAUACGCCGGAGCCUUCAGAUGUCUUGUUGAUGGUGCUGGGGACGUAGCCUUCAUUAAACACACAACUGUUGAAGAAAACACCAACGGAAAGGGGGCAGAUUGGACUAAAGACAUCCAGAGUAGUGACUACGAGCUGAUUUGCCCCGAACAAAGCGGUUCGGUGCCAAUCACGGAGUUUACAUCUUGCCGCAUGGGGAUCACCCCAGCACACGCUGUGGUGACCCGUCCUGAGACUCGUGAUGAUGUUGUCAGUGUUCUCCUGAAUCAGCAGGGCGUGUUCGGCAGAGAUGUCAGCAAUUCCUUUUUCACAAUGUUCGAAUCCAGGCCUUAUAAGAACCUCCUCUUCCAAGACUCCACCAAAUGUCUCCAGGAAAUACCAAAAGGGACAGACUUUAAGGGCUUCUUGAAAAUCAAUUACAUGGAUACCAUAGCCUCUCUGAGCGAGUGCAACGACAUCAUUCCAGAUCUGGAGAAACUUUGCACAUUCCACACCUGUCAGUAGAGAAACUAGAUGGCGCCUUCUUGUUUUCCACCAUACAUACUGACAUUUUCCCUCUGAUGUUAAUACAGUAUGUAUUACAACCUAAACCUUUACGUGACCAUUACUUUAUAACAUGCAUCUCUUCUCAAAUAAAGCCUUUUCAAGCGCA